AUGGAGAUAACCAACAUUUUUAAAAAAUUGUUAUGCAGACAAAAUGUAGUACAUACAGAAAAUAAUUCCUUUUUUGAUGCUUUUAAAAAUCCGAAUGAAGAGGGUUUAAAACGAAAGAGUGAAGUUGACAAUGAAAUGUUAAAUAAGAGUACGUUGAAUGAAAAUAAAGAUGAUAAAUUAAAAACGAGUGAAGACGAUAAGUUAAAAGAACAGAAUUUAAUAGGAUAUGGGAAUUCAUUUGAUGCUCCUAAUGCUUUAUUAUUUGAAAAUUUAAAUAAAGAAUAUAAAUUUAUAACAACACAAGAUAAUUUUGAUGGUUUUCGUUUUGAAGUAGAUAAAAAUGUAAAUAAAUUUUUACAGUCGACACAUACAUUAUUUUUAGGAACAACAUUAAGAGAAGUUGGUUAUCUUUAUCAAUUUGGAGCUAAUUUUACAAAUUCUGAUAAUAGUUUAUUAAUGAUAAGUCGAAUAAAUAUAGAUGGUAGUGUGAAUGGUAGAUUUUGUAAAAAAAUAAAUAAUAACAUUGAUUGUAAAUUAAAUUUUAAUACAUAUGCAAAAAGUGAUACAAGAAAUAUGUAUGAAAUGUCAUUAGAAGUAAAUAAACCAUUAUAUACUUAUAAUUUUAAAAGUAUAUGGCAAGGAGCAUGGAUAUUUAAUACUUCAUAUACACAAUUAUUAACAAAAAAAUUACAAGCAGGUGUGGAUUUAACAUAUAUUGCAUCCAAUUGUGCUUCUAUAGGAUCCUUUGGUUUAAGAUAUAAUCAUAAAAAUAAUGUUCUAACCAUGCAAAUUGUUAGACAACCAAACUUUAAAUCACCAGAGUUUAUGUUAAACCAAACUCAUUUAUAUAAAAUACAAUAUGCAAAAAAAAUAUCAGAUCGUUUAUCAUUAGGAACAGAAUUAGAAAUUACACCACAAACAAAAGAAUCAGCUAUGAGACUUGGAUGGGAUUAUUCUUUCAGACAUGCAAAAGUACAAGGUUCUAUUGAUACCAGUGGAAAAAUAUCCGUAUUCACUCAAGACUAUUCAGGUUUUGGUGUUAGUGGGUAUAUAGAUUAUUUGAAUAAUGAUUAUAAAUUUGGAUUCAUGAUGCACAUAUCUCCUUCUCAAGAGCAAACACAACCAGCAUCGUAA